UCCAAACUAUUAGAUAAAACCAAUUAACAAUAUUGAAAAGAAUUGAAGGAGGAAAUGAAGCUCAUUUCAACUCUCCUCUUCUUCUUACUCCUAAUCUCAUUGACAUAUUCAUCUGCCACUCCAACCAGAUCAAGAAAAAGGGAUCGUGUUCAUGAACCAUGCAAGAGAUUAGUGUUUUAUUUUCAUGACAUUAUUUACAACGGUCACAACUCCAAAAAUGCUACAUCAGCAAUUGUAGGCACACCAGCAUGGGGUAACCGAACCAUAUUGGCAAACCAAAACCAUUUUGGUGAUUUGGUUGUUUUUGAUGAUCCAAUCACUUUGGACAAUAACUUACACUCACGCCCAAUUGGUCGUGCUCAAGGAUUUUACAUUUAUGAUAAGAAAGAAAUUUUCACUGCUUGGCUUGGUUUCUCAUUUGUGUUUAACUCUACUCAACAUAAGGGUAGCAUAAAUUUUGCUGGUGCUGACCCUUUGAUGAAUAAGACUAGGGACAUUUCGGUAAUUGGUGGGACUGGUGAUUUCUUCAUGACUAGGGGAGUGGCUACUCUUUCAACAGAUUCAUUUGAAGGUGAAGUUUAUUUUAGGCUUCGUGCGGAGAUUAACUUGUACGAAUGUUGGUAAUUAAUUAAUUGGCUAAAUCAUUGUUUUCAGCUAAUUAUUACCAACUGUGUUUGUGUUUUUUUUGUUUGUUUUUUUUUUUUUUUUUUGUCAUUUACAUUUGUUUCUUUUACCUUUCUUUUAAAUGUGGAGCCUUAUUCAAAAUUGAAUAAUGCUUCGCAUUUAACAUUAUGUGUGAAGUUUUGUUUGGUGAAGUUAAUUAAAUUCUUGGAUAUUUUAUC